UGUUUGCGGGGCGCGGCUGUUUGCGGGGCGCGGCUGCUCCCGGGCUCGUCCCCAGGCCUCGGGACCGAGCUCAGCGAGGGAGACGUGACUUAGGCCGCCCGCCCACGCUUCUUCCUGGCCUCUCAGGUAUGAACUACACUUGACCCAGCACUUUCCAGGCAAAACUGUUCCUUUAUCUCCUGUUGAAGGGAUCAGGAGGUGAUGGAGACAUCACCUGUCAGCCCAGUGAAAGAGAAGGACACCGCGCAACCGCUGGGCAUUCCCUUCCAGCAAAACCUGCAUGCAGCCGUCCAGUCUAGACCCGAUCCAGCCAGUCGAAUGGUAGAGAAUCAAGAGAUUGAAACCCCGGUGGCUGGGCUUGAAGGUGACGCUGAUAAGUCUCAAGUCUCCACCAAUGAGACGGCAGCGCCUCUCCCAGCUUCUGAUCUGUGGUACUGCCCUGAUGGGAGUUUUGUAAAGAAGAUCACAGUUCGUGGCCAUGGCUUAGACAAACCCAAACUAGGCUCCCAGUGCCGAGUGUUGGCUUUGGGGUUUCCUUUUGGGUCUGGGAUGCCAGAGGGCUGGACCGAACUAACCAUAGGCAUAGGGCAAUGGAGGGAAAAAACCUGGGGGGAACUCACAGAAAAAUGCCUGGAGUCCAUGUGUCAAGGCGAGGAAGUGGAGAUUCAUCUUCCUGGAUCCUCUGCACCCCUUGCCAAGCUCAGACUGGAUUCCUUCACUAAGGGUCGGGAUUCCUGGGAGUUGGAGGCAAUGGAGAAGGAGGCCCUGGCCAGUGAAGAGCACUCCAGGGGUACAGAACUAUUUCGAGCCGGCAACCCUCAAGGGGCUGCCCGAUGCUAUGGACGGGCUCUCCGGCUGCUGCUGACCUUACCCCCACCCGGACCCCCGGAACAAGCUAUCCUUUAUGCCAAUCUGGCUGCCUGCCAGUUGCUGCUAGGGCAGCCCCAGUUGGCAGCCCAGAGCUGUGACCGGGCGCUGGAGCGGGAGCCGGGCCAUUUAAAAGCCUUGUACCGAAGAGGGGUUGCUCAGGCUGCCCUGGGGAACUUGGAGAAAGCAACUGCUGACCUCAGGAAAGUGCUGGCAGCUGACCCCCAAAACCGAGCAGCCCAAGAGGAGCUGGGCAAAGUGGUCAUUCAGGGAAAGAAACAGGAUGCCGGGCUGGCUCGGGGUCUUCGAAAGAUGUUCAGCUGAUUAAAAAGUUAAACUUUAAAAGA